AUGCCCACGUCAUUCUACUCUAAACCCGAUCACCCAUCAUCUAUGACCCAACUGGUUGAGAAUCCUUUACCUCCCGAACCCCACACAGUUUUUCCAAUUCUAGAAAUUCCUACAUCUGAUGACGACUCUCCUAUUUCCCUCGGUGAGUCCACAACUACCAUGUCUCCAUCCACUACUCCCGCCAAUGAGAUAGCUACUCAUCCGAAAAUUGAUAGCAGCAACAAGUGGUAUUUACCAUCAAUUGUGGAAGGCUUCGGCAGUGGUGAGCGGGUGACGGAAGAAAGCCGAAGUCGCAGCCUCGCAGAGAAAAGUCAAGUAGAGGAGAAUCGGAGGUGUCAGGAAGAGGAAAAGGAGGCAAGGGAUUGGGAAAGGGAGGAGCAAAACGUCAUCGUAAGAUUCUCCGGGACAAUAUCCAAGGUAUCACGAAGCCGGCGUCUGGCUAGGCGAGGGGGUGUUAAGCGUAUCAGUGGUUUAAUCUACGAGGAGACGCGUGGAGUUUUAAAGAUCUUUCUUGAGAAUGUUAUCCGCGACGCCGUCACAUACACUGAACAUGCUCGCCGGAAAACUGUUACGGCCAUGGACGUCGUUUAUGCUUUGAAGCGCCAGGGUCGUACUCUGUACGGUUUUGGUGGUUAG